AUGUUGCACGGUUUAAAGGGGUAGUUGAAUUGUCAACUUUACCACAAUCGAGUUAUAUUCUUUAAAUGUAAAGCUGUGAUUUGUUCGGAUGCGGACUGAUGUUCAUCACACACGGACAUGUCGGUUACAAGCCUAGAAGAGUCCGGAUGGGGUUUUGAGAAGAGAUGCGUGCUGUUCACAGGGGAGGUGAACAUCUGUCCAGCAGGUAGAGGAGAGAGCGUCGCUCCAGCUGCCGCACAAUGAAGCUUUCAGAGGUCCACAAAGCUGCAGUAGCAGCUCUCCUCACUUUCACUACCCAUGUAAAAUCCAUUCCUUUAGAAUGUGAUCCAGAGUAUCUGUGGCUUCAGGAGGAGGAGAACUGCAAUAACAUCAUCCACCAAGAUAACAUUACAUACAUUAACUCCACAGGCUGUGGUGCAUUAUGGGAUGAUGUAAAAUGCUGGCCUCGUGCAGAGGUUGGAGAUGUGAUCUCUCAACAGUGCCCCACAUUCCUCAGGGUCAAAGGAAAUGUAAGGAGAAACUGUACAGAGACUGGGUGGUCCGAUCCGUUCCCACCAUACAUGCUGGCUUGCGGAUCACUGAAUGGCAUUCUGCACCCUCCAUCUGACAUGAUGCUGGUGUCACAUGAGUACUUCAUGUGGGUAAAGAUCAUGUACUCAUUGGGAUACAGCAUCUCAGUGAUCUCCCUCACCAUUGCAUUUGUGCUGCUGUGUGUGUUCAGAAAGCUCCACUGCACUCGGAAUUUCAUCCACAUGCAGCUCUUUCUGUCCUUCAUUUUGCGGGCUGUUUUCAUUUUCAUCAGAGAUGCAGCAUUACACAACUCACAGGAUUAUUACCACUGUGAAUCUUACCCGCUUGGCUGUAAGGUCGCACUGAUUUUCUCCAACUAUUGCAUACUUGCCAACUAUAGCUGGCUGCUGGUGGAGGGUCAUUACCUGCACAGCCUCAUCCACCUGUCCCUACAUUCCCCAAGAAAAUGCCUGCACUGGUACAUCAGCUUUGGCUGGGGCACCCCUAUGCUCAUCAUCAUCGUGUGGAGUGUCGCCAAAUAUCUGCAGGAGGACGAGGGGUGUUGGGAGACAAGAAGCAGAGGCUGGAUCUGGUGGAUUCUUAGAGUUCCUAUAAUCCUGUUCAUUACUGUAAACCUCCUGUUUUUCCUGAGAAUCAUACAAACAAUAGUAAGCAAGAUGAGAGCUCCGGAUAUGAUUGGAAAUGAGUUUAAACAGCACAAGAAGCUGGCCAAGUCCACACUGCUGCUAGUGUCACUGUUUGGUGUGCAGUAUGCCCUCUUCACUUUUUUCCCUGAUGGAGUCAACGUCCUCACCUUCCAGAUCUGGAACGCCAUCGAGCUCGCUCUGGCCUCCACACAGGGUUUCAUAGUAGCGCUUCUUUACUGCUUCCUGAAUGGAGAGGUUCAGCAUGAGAUUACACGGCACUGGCGACGUCAACGUCUAAAGCGGCGUGUCCAUGGUGAUGCCAGAUUGCACCAUGGUUCCCUUAGCCAAAGUGGCUUACCGCUCACACAGAUCUCGCUUUUAGCAAGAGUUAAUAACAUAUCCUAACAAACACACAGCAGACCAUAAACACAGUCAAACUCAAUAAAAUAUUAUACACACAAUCUACUGUCAAGCAAAAAAAAAAAAACCCAAUAAGCUUUUACUAAUUACAAACAUGACCGAAUAACUCAAACUAUAAACAUUAAUAGUGACCUACAUUAUAGAUGGUCUAUGGCUAAAAAGAGAAUGUUUUCUCUCAUUUGCAUACAUACUCACACAUACAUGCACGCACAGAGUUUCGUGCCAGGUUUUAGUCCCAUUAAUCUGCUAUUAGUACAACGAUAGAAUCAUAGUUGACAGUAAUACAAGCCAGUCUCCUUAAAACACUGCAAUGUAAGGAAAAUGGUUUUUUUUUUUUGCUAUAUUUAUAUAAUACCAUCAAGUAGCUUUAAAUAAAUAAUAGUUUAUUCAUUUUUGUUAUAUUACAUUUAUAUGAUAUGAUGUUAUAAAUUAAGGCUGCUUUUGCAAACGGCACCAAAUUCUCUGAGACAUGUCGACACUAACCUGAACACUCCAACAAUAUAUUGUUUAAAUUAUCUUGGCUCAUGUUCCAAUGUCAUUGUUUACGAUAGUUUUAAACAUAUAUUCCUAGCCAAGGGCUCGUUUACAAAAGAGAAUUUUCUCAAAGCAGUUCUCCCAGGGGGAAAAAAAGUGCCCCUGUUCUCCAGUUUCAAUGCCAUUUAGUUUAUUGUGUCUAUGUACAUGGUAUGAUGUAUAUACAUGUGAAAAAAGGGGGGGGGAAAGAAAGAAAACAGAUUAUAAAGCACUGAAAGAGAUAUUAAUGAUAAUGUUUCUACAUGUUAUUUGUUGUUACUUGCUCUCUAGGGUAAUGCUGUAGUUUUUGCUGCAAAUUAGUACAAUAGUUUAUAAACAUAAAGUUGAAUUUUGUGAACUGUGUGAAAUAUAUAUAUGGGUAUGUAUGAUA